AUGGCAACAUCUUCUAAUUCGUUAGAAACUGAAUCUUCCUCAAGAGAGAAACUCGACAAUAUCGUCAAUGAUGAUUAUAUGAUAAAAUUAGUUGUUAAUGAGAUAAUACGUUCUCUAGAUCUGGAUGGUCAUGAAAGAAAAGAUCAAAUUAUAAAUGAAUUAUUAGAAAAUGGUCGACAAUCGUUAACUAAAUUUGAAGAAGAUAUUGCACCAAAAAUUUAUUUAACCGCAAUGAAAGGAAACGAUAAUGAAUUAUUGAAAUCUCUAAAAAAUUAUUUUGAACAACAAUGGAAAGUACAAUAUGGGUCUUCAAAUAAAUGGUUUGUUUCAUUUCUAAGACAAUAUCAAAAGGAUGACAAUUAUGAGUGUGUUUUGAAUCGUACAGCUGAAUAUGGAAACAAGUACAUGAAAACUUGUCCAACUUUAUCAAUUGUCGUACAAAUCCUAUUCGACGGUCUUAGUGAUCAACAUUUUAAUGAAUCAAAUGAAUUUAAUGAGCUAUGGUUGACAAUAACAAAUAAUGGUCUAAAAUCAAUAGAAAAAUAUUCUGAAUAUAUUGCACCCUUAGUAUUAAAUAAACUACUAAACAAAGAACACGUGGUGUUAUUUCUAGCUUUACGUGAAUUUUAUCGUCCAGAAUUAUUUGAAUUGUUGCAAGAAACUAAUAUUAGAGAUAGAGAUAAUUUGUAUGAGUCGGUAUUAGAUAAUGUUGCUGAACAUGGCUGGUUAACGGGUUUAGAAGCAAGUCGGGAUAAUAUAGUACCGAAAUUUUUUAAAAGAUUAUUAGAAAAAAUUUCUUCUUCUCAAAAACACCAACAAACUACAAUAUCGCAAGUUACGGAUGAUGGUGAAACAUUAGUGAAAGAAAAAAUAUCGUCAACAUUAACGGAAUCAACGCUAAAAUCUAGUGAUACACCCGUAAAGCAAGGUAAACUUGAUUUGAUUGAAUGUCUUCUGUGUGUUUUACUCUAA